AUGGUUCGUGUCAUCAUCCUAGCUGGCUGUUGCCUCCUUGCCCUGGUCUCGUCCGGCUUUUGUCUAUCUUAUGGCCACGAACCUAUAGGCAUCGAAUCUCGCAGCCUUGACGCUAUAUACCAAGCUGCUCUUAAGGAAAAAGGAACUUUGAGAGUCUCCUGGGGCGGUGACGCAAUAUCAAAUGGCGCAGGAAUUAUAGCCGCUUUCACGAAGCGUUUCCCAGACGUCGAGUUCAACCUAACUGUUGACCUAUCCAAGUACCACGACAGCCGUGCUGAUCGUACUUUCGACACUUCAAAUGGAGAGGACGAUGGUACUGACGUCGUACUCCUUCAAACUGUGCACGAUUUUCCUCGCUGGAAGAAAGCGAACCGAUUGCUGCCCUACAAGGUAGCCACCUGGAACGACAUUCAGUCACCGUUCAAAGACGAAGACGGUGCUUUUACAGGCUGCUUCAUUGGCGAGUUCGGUACAAUUGUCUUCAACGACGACAAAGCCCCCAACGACACAGUACCAACCACAUACCAAUCAUUCCUCAAGCCAGAGUGGCGCAACAAACUCGCUAUGACCUAUCCAAACGACGACGACGCCAUUCUCUACCUUUUCACCUUGAUCGUCAAACGGCACGGCUGGACCUUCAUCGACUCCCUCGUCUCGCAAAACGUAACCUGGCUCCGGGGAACCGGAACCCCCUCCGAACUCAUCGCCAAACCGAUCUCACAAAACGAGCUCGCUGCAUCCUUCGCUGCAUCCCCGUCCGCCGCAGCCGUAAUCUUAACUAAACUGCCCACUGAAGACCACUACGUCACUUGGCCACAAACCGCCGCCAUCUUUGCAACCACGAAGAUGCCGGAAACUGCCAAGCUCUUCAUGAGUUAUAUCAUGAGCGACGAAUGGCAAGCGGAUGGCUUUCCGUCGAGCGGAUACGCAACGAGGAAACAAUUUGAUACGGAUGGGGUUUUGAAUCAGACGCUUACGAACCCUCUUGGGUUUGUGACGUUUAUGCAGGAUCGCGCGAAUGUGGAGAGGUGGAGGUUCCAGUUCGAGACUACGUUGGGAACCCCACAGGGAGUAAGUCCUCUCCUCAACAAGACAGUUAUCUAGUCGCCAUUUACUAUGCCACUGCUUGUAAAUCAGUUUUCGGACAGCAAUAUAGUUUUCACAGUUCGCAAGAUAUUUACCUUAUCCC